UUCUACCACUAUUCCUCGGAUUCCAUGAUCGUUGCUGCGCGGUGAGUUGUCCGAGUUAUGGUCACUUCAAAAAUUUCGAUAAUAUGGCAUCAAUAGACGACGACUCGUUUCAUGAAGUUAAUUCGCAUUUUGUUGAUGCUGUGCAAAAGUCAGAAUGGAUUCCUUUGUCUCUUACUUUAGUCGAGUACCCCCAAGGUGAUUUGGUUGGAAAAUUUUUAGCUCUAAUAAGUUUAGUACCAUUUGCUAUUAUAGCUGGUUUUAUAACAUUGAUUCUUUUUAGAAGAGAUUUACACACAAUUACAUUUUUUAGCGGUGUUAUAAUUAAUGAAUGUGUCAAUUUUAUAUUAAAACACACAAUCUGUGAAGCAAGGCCAAUGAGACGUGACAGUGUUUAUGUUGAAUAUGGUAUGCCCUCAAUGCAUGCACAAUUUAUGUGGUUUUUCACUGCAUAUACCACAUUCUUCAUAUGUGUCAGAUUACAUCACAAUAAUAAUAGUAGCAUUUCUGAAAGAUUUUGGAGAAUUACUAUCAUAGCCACUUGCAUAAUUAUUGCUAUUUUAGUGACAUACAGUAGAGUUUAUUUAUUAUACCACACUAUUUCUCAAGUUCUAUGUGGUACAUUCAUAGGUAUUAUAUUGGGAACAGUAUGGUUCAUAAUUACACAUAUAGUUCUUACACCAAUUUUUCCUGUAAUUGUUUCAUGGCGGAUAUCAGAAUAUCUAUUACUUCGUGAUACAACAUUAAUUCCUAAUAUCCUUUGGUUUGAAUAUACAAAUAUUCGAACAGAGGCACGAGCGCGUUCAAGGAAACUUGUAUCAAUGAAGUCGCAAUGACGCCUAAUGUCCGGCCAA